CGGAAGCAAAGAAAUUUGAAAAAAAAAAUCCCGAAAUAACAGAAAAUGCUGUUGACAAACACAAUCUGUCCCAGCAACAAUACGAAAAUGCGAGUUUUGCAACAAGCCGCUGAAUUGACAGGAUAUUAUUCAAUAAAGCCCUAAAUGGUCAUGCUGAAAACAUUAGUACUUGUAUUUAACAUGAUAAAUCACUUAAAAACGUAAAAUGAAAAAUUAGAAACAAAAAUUACAAAAAGAAAGUGAAAAGUUUAAAAAGUGAAUUGCAGUGCAAAACAGAAAGUGAGAAGUAUACCAGCGAAAAGAUAGUCGUCGCAGCAACAACGACGGCGUGCAUCGGGAGUCGAACGGUCAAAUAUGACAGAGUAUAAAGAUGCGCACGACUACGUUUUCAUUGCGGACGGAAGUAGCAGCGACAGCAGAAGCUCGUACGUCAUAUCCGCGAACCUUAGCUCAAAGCCGCUCAAUGCCAACAACAGUGGGAGCAACUACAACAAACGUUACAGUAUUAACAAAGGUAGUACCCAUAGGCGAACACACACAAAAAGACCUACCACAAGCCCAUCACCUCCUUCGACGCCAACAGCGUAUACUAUGCUGCCCAUUAGCUACCAGAAUGUCCACCAACAACAUAGCCGUGAGAAUAGCCCCAUGCCUGCGUACCAGCAUAGAAACACUGCCACGCAUACAGCUGCUAAUGCGGCGGAGGCUUUAUCAGCGGCAACAACAGAAACAACAGCCGCCACAGUGGGAUUUAAACUCAGCCAGGCUGGUGCUGGUACGUUGGAGGGCAGUAGCACAGGCAGUAAUAAUCAUAAUUUACAGCAGUUGCCGCGCCAACGACAACAACACCAACAUCAACAACAAUAUAAUCAACAUCCACAGCAAGCCUUAAGCGCCACCACCAUACUCACCACAACUGCCAUUACUGUGCUGGCCGCAGUCAAAGCGGCAGCCGCAACAGCGACCGCGACGCUAACAGUGGACAAUUUGUAUGGCGGCGUCGCGGUUGGCCUUGGUGCAAUGCUAAUCAACGAUACGCUCUUACUGGAGGCGGACAAUGGACACUGGAUUGGCAAUGGGAGUCUGCUUUUCGAUGACGUCGUCGAAAGCAACAACUACAACAUCAACGGAAGUGACCUUAUGCUAAAUGACAGCGCGGCGAACCUCACAACCAGCAAUGCCACGGCGGGUGAAGAGGAUUUCGGCGAGUUGCUGCGUAUGGCCACGACUUCAGUGGUGCUCGGCUUGCUCAUACUCAUCACGAUAAUAG